CCAUAGACCUCCCGUCGAGGCUCCUCCUGCUGGUCCCCUCCUGCCUGCGGCUGGCUGGCCGCAGCUCACACCAAAAACUGGAUCUUCUGCUCAGCCUACAAGACUUGCAAACUCUUCCUGCACCCUCCUCCCGCAUUAGGAGUCUUUGCCCUCUGGUUCCCCCCUUCCCCAACCCCCCUCCGGUCCUCCUCCUCAAUUGGGAGAAUUUCAUGCUUCUUUUAGCACCUUUUUGUAAUCCAGGGGAGGUGACACCCCAGAGCUCCAACUACCUCAGCUGAAUUCUACUUUUGUUUCUCUUUCUCCCUCGCUUCCUCUUGUUUUCCUCUCAUCUGAUUCAUCUGCGAAGUCCGAUGCUUCUGCCAGAGGGAAAGAGGAAUAAAUAGAUGCUGCGGCCCCGGAAGGCUUAGACGUCGGGAAAGAGCAGCCAGAGCUGCAGGAACGGCAGGGGCGGCGGCGGCUGGAGCUCGGCGAAGCUCGUGGUACCCCAUUGGGGGAAUUUGAUCCAAGGAAGCUGUGAGAUUGCCGGGGGAGGAGAAGCUCCCAGAUCAUUGUGUCCACUUCCAGGGGGGGAGGAGGAGACGGCGUAGCGGGCCUCUUGGCGUCGUCGGCACUGCUGCACCCUGCCCCGUCCCGCCGGGAUCAUGGUCUGCGGCAGCCCGGGAGGGAUGCUGCUGCUGCGGGCCGGGCUGCUCGCCCUGGCUGCGCUCUGCCUGCUCCGCGCGCCCGGAGCUCGGGCGGCAGCCUGUGAGCCCGUCCGCAUCCCGCUGUGCAAGUCCCUGCCCUGGAACAUGACCAAGAUGCCCAACCACCUGCACCACAGCACCCAGGCCAACGCCAUCCUGGCCAUCGAGCAGUUCGAAGGUCUGCUGGGCACCCACUGCAGCCCGGAUCUGCUCUUCUUCCUCUGCGCCAUGUACGCGCCCAUCUGCACCAUUGACUUCCAGCACGAGCCCAUCAAGCCCUGCAAGUCUGUGUGCGAGCGGGCCCGGCAGGGCUGCGAGCCCAUCCUCAUCAAGUACCGCCACUCGUGGCCGGAAAGCCUGGCCUGUGAGGAGCUGCCGGUUUAUGACCGCGGCGUGUGCAUCUCUCCCGAGGCCAUCGUCACUGCAGACGGAGCCGAUUUUCCUAUGGAUUCUAGUAAUGGAAACUGUAGAGGGGCAAGCAGUGAACGCUGCAAAUGUAAACCUAUCAGAGCUACACAGAAGACCUAUUUCCGGAACAAUUACAACUAUGUCAUUCGGGCUAAAGUUAAAGAAGUAAAGAUCAAGUGCCAUGAUGUGACUGCAGUAGUGGAGGUGAAGGAGAUUUUAAAGGCUUCUCUGGUAAACAUUCCAAGGGACACUGUUAACCUUUACACCAGCUCCGGUUGCCUGUGUCCUCCACUUAACGUCAAUGAGGAGUAUCUCAUCAUGGGCUAUGAAGAUGAGGAACGCUCCAGAUUACUGUUGGUGGAAGGUUCUAUUGCUGAGAAAUGGAAGGAUCGACUUGGUAAAAAAGUUAAGCGCUGGGAUAUGAAGCUCCGUCAUCUUGGACUGAAUAAAAGUGAUUCUAGCCAUAGUGAUUCCACUCAGAGUCAGAAGUCUGGUAGGAACGCUAACCCCCGGCAAGCACGCAACUAAAUCCUGAAAUGCAGAAAAUCCUCAGUGGACUUCCUAUUAAGACUUGCGUUGCUGGACUAGCAAAGGAAAAUUGCACUAUUGCACGUCAUAUUCUAUUUUUUUUAAAUUUUUUUUUCAUAUUCUAUUUUUUAACCACAAAAAUCAGGUGGUAACUGAUAUUGCUUCUAUUUUUUCUUUUGUUUUCUGCUUUUCUCCUUCCCUCCAUCCCUACCCCCCUUUUUUGUGGUCUGGGUGCAGAUCCUUAAAUAUAUUAUAUGUAUUCUAUUUCACUAAUCAUGGGAAAACUGUUC